AGCACCGAUGCGCUCCCACUGACAAUCAGGCCAGUCCUCCAUCGACUUCCUCUGCUCUCCUGGCCUGCGCGCCUCACCCAUGCAUGCUCCUGCUACCACGCUUCUCUCCCACAGAGUCACGAGCCGCACAGUUCACUUCAGCCGUCAGUGAGCUCCACGGCCCGUCUCACGACGAAGCUAGCUGCUAGCGGCAUCUCUGGGGAACGACGAUGGGGCUGCCCGCCAUCCUCGCGGCGGCCGUGACGGUCGCGAUCGUCAUGGUGGCGACGCCGUGCGCGGAGGCGAAGACGACGAUCGAGCCGUGCUCGGGGUCGGACUCCUGCCCGGCGCUGCUGGGCUACACGCUCUACGCCGACAUGAAGGUCUCGGAGGUGGCCGCGCUCUUCGCCACCGCGCCCUCCGCGCUCCUCGCCGCCAACGCGCUCGACUUCGCCGCCCCUGGCGCCGCGCACCGCAUCCUGCCCAUGGGCCUCUUCCUCCGCGUGCCCACGCGCUGCGCCUGCGCCGACGGCGUCCGCAAGUCCGUCGCCGUCCGCUACGCCGCGCGCCCCGCCGACACGCUCGCCACCGUCGCCGACGUCGUCUUCGCGGGGCUCGCCUCCGCCGACCAGAUCCGCGGCGCCAACGGGCUCGCCGACGCCGACGCCGACGCGCCGCUCGACGCCGGCCAGCCGCUCGUCGUCCCGCUGCCCUGCGUCUGCUUCAACUCCUCCGACAGCAACCUCCCCGCGGUGUACCUCUCCUACGUGGUGCAGGUCGGGGACACGGUGCCCGCCAUCGCGGCCGCCUACGAGACCACCGUCACCGACGUCAUGAACGUCAACGCCAUGGGCAGCCCCGUCGCCGCGCCGGGCGACAUCCUCGCCAUCCCGUUGCCAGCAUGUGCAUCUUCAUUUCCAAAGACCGCUUCAGACCACGGACUGCUGGUGGCGAAUGGAACCUACGCACUUACCGCAGGCAACUGCGUGCAGUGCAGCUGUGGGCCGGGCAAUCUCAAUUUAUAUUGCACGCCGGCCUCGCUGUCAGGAUCAUGCCCGAGCACGCAAUGCAGUAACAGCAAUGUGCUGCUCGGCAACGCCAGCACCCACGCCACCAGUGCGGGCUGCAAUGUUUCUUCAUGCAGCUAUGGAGGCUUUGUCAAUGGGACGAUUACAACUCUGCUGAACACUGGCCUUCAACCGACAUGCCCAGGGCCGCACCAAGUUCCUCUACUCACAGACCCACCGACGACGGUGAACCACGACUAUUCAACCUCUCUUGCCCCGCUAUCCGCGCCCGUGCCCGCAGAAGCUGGCGGCGUCAUGCCGGAGCCCCCGCCGCCAAGGUCAUCGCAGCAAGGAGGGUCCUUCACGCUCCCCAAAGUUUCUCCGACGCAUGGCCCCGCCGGAAGCGUCUCGGGGGCACCGCCUCCUCCGAUGAGCAAACCGCGGCGGCUCCUAUCCGGGCUCAUCUUGUGCCUACUUCUCCAGCACUUCCAUGUGUGAAUCGCGCCAUCUCAAGAAAUUGUUUUUGAGCUUGUAUUCUGCUGUGACUGUAAACAACUGGCAGUGGUAUGUGCUAACAUCAGGCAAGUGGACAGUAUCAUCAGAGUGGCCAUGUUUUUUGCAUGCAGCUCCUCGUUCUUUCGAGGGGCAUCAUCAGCUGUAACUUUAUGUGGUGGAGACGAGAUCUCCCGGUUGUUGUA